CUCCAGGCUCCAUCUCUCUCCCUCUGCCUUCCCUCUCUGCUGCUAACGUCAGAUUCAAUCAAUGAAAACCGCCCUCUCGUUUGUUUUCAAUCCAACCUCACUCUACGUGCUACUCCAUAAGAGAGACAGAAAUUGACCUCAACCUCUUCUCCAUAAAUACAAACUAGCUACUGUAUUGUAUGCUUACUACAGAUUGAUACACCAGAUAAAUCAUAAAUAUACAGCCAUAGAUUCCGCAUAGAGCUCUAGUCUUGGCUGAGAGCGGAUUUCGAUGGCGGCGUCAUCGGCGAUGUGCUCUUGGCUAAUGGCCGCAUGCAUGUGCGACAGAGAAUCCGGCGUUUCUGCUAUAUCUACGACGUCGUCUAACUCACGCCGCCGCCCAAUCAAAUGCGCCGCCAACCGGCGCACCAUGAUUCUCGCCAAAUGCGCGCCGCGCAUUGGAAAUCUCGUGAAUUCCUCUCUCGCUUUAGAGCCCCGCCACCACUUGGAUAAAUCUCACGAAUGUUUCUUCGGCUUCAAAUCGAGGAAUGUUUUAAUGCAGCGCGGCCGCCGGAAAUUACUCCGUUCCUCCGCCCAUUCUGGCUUGCCAAUUUGCAUGUUGUCGCCUUCUCGUUCUCAUCCCAGCAAUUCCAGCUUAGCUGAGAAAUUGACAGCUAUAGGAGAAACAAAAGCAGUAGCUGUAAGUCCGGCUAUUGAAGUUUCACCCAGUAAAAAGCCUCCAAUCAAGCAACGGCGAGUGGUCGUGACAGGUAUGGGUGUGGAGACACCACUUGGUAGUGAUCCAGAUAUCUUCUAUAAUAAUCUUCUUGAUGGAGUCAGUGGAAUUAGUGAGAUAGAGGCUUUUGAUUGCUCGCAGUUUCCAACCAGAAUUGCUGGAGAAAUCAAGUCAUUCUCAACAGAUGGCUGGGUUAUACCUAAACUUUCAAAGAGAAUGGAUAAGUUCAUGCUUUACAUGCUGACAGCAGGCAAAAAGGCAUUGGCUGAUGGAGGAAUUACAGAGGAUCUCAUGGAUGAACUGAAUAAAACAAAAUGUGGUGUUCUAAUUGGCUCUGCUAUGGGUGGAAUGCAAGUUUUUUAUGAUGCAAUUGAAGCAUUGAGGAUCUCAUAUAGGAAGAUGAAUCCAUUCUGCGUUCCUUUUGCAACUACCAACAUGGGUUCUGCUAUGCUUGCCAUGGAUCUGGGAUGGAUGGGUCCAAACUACUCAAUAUCUACUGCUUGUGCAACAAGUAACUUCUGCAUACUAAAUGCUGCUAACCACAUCAUCAGAGGUGAAGCUGACAUGAUGCUUUGUGGUGGCUCAGAUGCAGCAAUUAUACCAAUAGGCUUGGGAGGCUUUGUUGCAUGCAGAGCAUUAUCACAACGAAAUGGUGAUCCAACUAGAGCCUCGCGCCCCUGGGAUAGUAGUCGUGAUGGAUUUGUUAUGGGAGAAGGUGCCGGAGUACUGCUCUUGGAAGAACUUGAACAUGCCAAGAGUAGAGGUGCAACUAUCUAUGCUGAGUUUCUCGGAGGAAGCUUCACUUCUGAUGCUUAUCACAUGACAGAGCCUCACCCACAAGGAACUGGUGUCAUUUUAUGCUUAGAGAAGGCUUUGGCUCAAUCAGGAGUAUCUAAAGAAGAUGUAAAUUAUAUAAAUGCACAUGCGACUUCAACUCCAGCUGGUGAUCUUAAGGAGUAUCAGGCUCUUUUUCAUUGUUUUGGCCAGAAUCCAGAGUUGAAAGUGAACUCCACAAAAUCCAUGAUCGGGCACCUACUAGGAGCAGCUGGUGCCGUUGAGGCUGUCGCAACCGUCCAGGCAAUUCGAACUGGCUGGGUUCAUCCAAAUAUCAAUCUUGAAAAUCCUGAUGAUGGUGUGGAUGCACAUGUGCUAGUGGGACCAACAAAAGAAAGACUCGACAUUAAAGUGGCAUUAUCUAAUUCGUUUGGAUUUGGUGGUCAUAACUCAUCGAUUUUGUUUGCUCCUUACAAGUAGAAUUUUUUAUGCUUGUAUCGGGAUGAGAAUGAUGCAAGAGGUACAUGUCUCAAGAUUUUACUAGGAAAAAGGUGCACAAGAAGACAACUCUUAAGGCAUACCACAUUUAUUUUCAGUGAUAAGCGAGGCACAUUCCUUAGUAAUUAGCAUCUCUUUCGAGUCUGUUUCUUUCCUGAGAUGAAUAUUCCUGUUAGAGGAGAGCAACCUUACUCUCUGUGCCAGAUGAAAAGUUUAGGUCAAUUCAUUGGCAGAGGCAGUGUUGUGUUUUUUCGAAUUAUGUCAGUAGUUUGCCUUGCGACUGAGGGGAUCAUCUCUGCAGUGUUUUUGUUCAGCCUUUUUUUGUGCUAGAAUGGGAUUAAAGCCUAUUCGAAAAUUUGAUUAUUUCUGAUACUUGUUUAGACCAUUGGCAAAAACCUGAGCUGUGGUGUAACAUAAUGUUUUGAUAUUGAUUUGCUUCAAAUGUGUAUAAGCUAUGAUAUAUUGUGAACUGAAA